AUGCACACACUUGAGAUCACCGAAAUCCUUGAGCGCGUUGGCUAUUUUAUUCCACUCUGGGGUGUCGACGAUGAUGGUAACCCUGUCUACCUUCCAUAUAACAUGGCCCCUUGUCUUGCUGUCUCCCACCAUUUUCGGGCGACCUUACUCCCUCUAUUUUGGCAUACAGUUGACUUAAAGGUCAUGACCCGCAUCCAUGUUAAGCUUAUGUUAAAAUACAUUGGUUAUGUGAGAGUGGUAUACAACUUAGGAGCCCAGAAUUAUGAUCUAUAUCAGCAAGCUUUUUCAGCUUGGACAAACCUGAUCCAUCUAAGCAAUAUUGAAAAUCGAUCAGGAGAACUGGAUGCUGAUGUGAUGCAAAUCAUCCAAUGCAAUCCAACACUCAAAAGCAUUGGCUUGGCAUAUGAUCUGCGCUAUGUCAAGGGACCUCCACAAAAGUUGCAUCAAGACUUGGAAGCCAGUCUGGCAGUGGGCAUGGGUGGGAUGGCAAUUGUGGACGAUGCUGCUGUCCUCUCAAAUCUCAAUACCCUGGAAUGCCUAGAACUCAUUUCUAGUGGUUGGGGAGACUGGGUCGUUGACAUUGAGCGUCUGAGUGAUUUGCUUCGGCCUGUUGCUUCCACGCUCAGGUACCUACGCAUAAGUAAACCUAUGGCAGAGCGCGAUAUUAGAGCCCGGGCGCUGAUAGAGAAGUCGUUAUCAGAAUCAGAAGAGAGGAAAGAGAGAGAAAAAGAAAAAGAAAAAGAAAUAGACAAACUUCUUUUUCCAAGGCUGGAGGAAUUACACGUCCCAAGAAUUAUGCCAGAGGAUCUUCAGCCAUUAUUCAGUACAGGAAGCUGCCCGAAGCUCCAUACCAUCUCAACAGCGGCCUUUGGGGAAGAAACACUUCGCUUCCUACAACAACUCUCGCAACAACAGAAGCAGCAAGAAGGACUGGUCCACAGAUCAUCAACAACGUCUCAUAACGCUGUUGAUAAAGGAUACCCACAGCAGCUUUACAAAGUCAGCUACAAAACAAGAGGGUUCCUCCAUCAAGUUGUAAGAGAGAUGGUGAAAAUACUACCUCAUGCCCAUAGUUUGGACAUCUCAGUAAAUCUUUGGAGUAUUCGCGGUCGCAUAAAGUUCGAUCCUCUUGAAACGUAUACGAUCCAAUCUCUCCAUCUUGAACUGCAUCGUUCAUGCGAAGGAGUAGAGUUCUUACUCAAGGAACUAGUUGGAUUGAGAUGCUUGAGAUUACUUUCAUUAGAGAUUAGUCAACUGUAUUUGUUUGAUCCGAGCACUCUGUUGAACCCGGAGGAUUGGACGUACCCAGGCGACUUGACCUCACUGUCGUUUAAUGGCACCCAUAUACGCUACAAUACUACGCCAUACAAUGCAUCUCAGUGGAAAACAAAAAAGGACUCAGAGGUGCUUGCGAAAAAGCUAUAUUACGGCUGGAAGGUGCAAGGACCAUUGUUACGACAGAGCUUGAAUUUCUUGGAACCUCUUUUUAAAUUGGCCAAUAAUCAUAAAUUCAAGAAUCUGAAGACACUGGUGUUCAACGGAAAUGUGUAUCGAAAGAUCCUUGAAAAUUAA